AUGAUUAAUAAGAAGCAAGCAACAACAAGCCAACAGGCUUCGAGGUCGGAUUUAGAAACACAGAAAGAUGAAUUUAUGAAGGACUAUCCAGAUUUGAGGUAUCUAGUUGGAGACCCGUUUUACGAAGAACAAGUUGAUAAGUUGGAGCGUUUUGACAGAUGUUAUUUUAAUGGAGAAUGGUAUGUAUCAGGUAUGUUAUUGUACUUUUAAAGUUAAUACAAUCAAAGGUGUUAAAUCAUGAUUUGAUGUUUAGGUUAUAUCGUGAAACGGACAAAUGCAUCAGAUGAAGUUGUAUAUUCGCAGAUAGUAAAUAUUUUCCGAGGCAGAAAUCUUGGAUUCUAUGCUUCUUUAAUUGAUCUGGAGGCUAUGGAUAACGUAACAGAAGAAGCAUUUCAUCCAACCAACUACAAGAUCGGAACUAUGAAUCAGAACCCGUUUGACGUAAGGAAGUUGGAAGUAGUUUGUGCUUGUCCUAAUCUACCAGGCUACUUGGAUCCAAGGACAUUGGAUGUUGGUUUAGUGGAAAGGAAGUAUUUGAAGCUAUGUCAAGAUGCAUGUCUGCAAGAUAAACACGAAGAAUUUAAACUGAUUUUAUCUAAUGUAAAUAAAUGUUAUCCAUAAGCUGUUGAAAUGUUUUCUUGGUUGUUUUCUUCAUUUGAUAUUGCAUAUAGUCGUUUUUUGGAGAUUUAUUUAUAAAUUACGUUAUUUUAGGUAUAAAAAGUUCUUUCAAAGUUAAAAUACGGGUUAAUGUACCAUGAAUUACAAUUCAAAGCCUAGUCGAGUGUGUUUAGAUGACUCUACGCUAUUUUCUCAAGGCACAAGGUACGUGUUAAACAAUUUAUAUUCUUAUUUAAAUUUUAGUUUUCAAUGUGAUCAAGAAUUAUGGAUUUGCUGUAUGUGUGAUGGAGUUUUAAAGGAAGACGUCGGUAUAGUAUGUUGUACAGGAUGUAAAACCUUGUUCUGUGCUGUAUGUAUGCCAGAAGAUACGAAGCGUUGUAAAGCUUGCGGCAGAGGAAGAGUUCAGUUAAUAAAAACUAUAUUAGCUACUGGUGGGGAAUCAGACGACGAUGAAGAGGUACGUUUUAAAAUUUUUGAGAUUUAGGGUAAUAAUGUUUACUCAAAAGUGUACUAAAAUUCGAAAAUAAAGUUGUUACUAUAAAUUUUACGUAUUUAACGAGUUAUUAACUAUGUAUUUUCAGACGAAUCAACUAGAAAAAGAUGUAAAGCAGUUACAAAAAGAGUUGGAAGAGGUCACCAGUAGUAGUGAGAAUGCAUAUGUUAAGUUUAAAGACAGAAAACAAUUGGUAAGUCAAUCAAUUUUAUAUUAAUCUUUUGUCAUGUAAAGCUUCAUAUUACCAUUUACAUUGUAAAUAAACAUUAUCGUAUAAUUAGCUUACACUUUGCGGUUAUUUUUAGUUAGAAUCUCAAUUAAGCGCCUUUGGUAAUGGAGCAGAAAUACUGUCAGCCAAAGUGGCAAACUUGAAAACAGAAGUCGGACAGAUCAACGACAAGAUGAAAAUGGCUAGAUUGUAAGUAAUUUUAGAUUUUUUAGUUAAUUUUAUUAAUUAAUUUAAUGUUUUGAGUUUAGUGUGUCAUCAUUAGAAAGUGGAGAUGAGAUAAAUUUGAAAGGAGUGUCUUCUGAAGGCGGAUUAAUGUUAGAUGUCGCUAUAUGGUAAGUCGUCAAUAAAAAAAAAGUCAUACAAAUAAGAAAAUGAAUUACUUUUCCUCUUCACUGUCAAUUUAAAAUUAAUUGUAAAAUACGGAUUCGUUUUUCGGUAUUACUAUUACAAUAUUUGUAAAGUAAUAUGUGUUGCUUUUCAGUGCUGAAAAUUACUUUAAACAACAAUGUGUAACAUUAGAGAAAGAUGUGAAGGAAAAGAAUGAUGUGCUACGAGAACUGAACGAUCGUCACAGAAAGUGCAGAGACGUGUUAAACAUGUUAAAAGAUGAUAUGAUGGAUGAUGAGGAGGCAGAUGAAUUUAAAAAGUUGUAAGUUACAAACAUAUUUUGUUAUACUUUUGUAUUGUUAAUAUGAACUUAGUUAUAUGAAAGCACUUAUAUUGUCAUUCAAUUUCUUUCACCUUAACUCAUGCUGAUUACAGAAUUUCUCGACUCCCCAAACGAUCAAGGAAGCUGGUCGAUGGUGAAUUGGACAUGGAUGAUGGUAUUGACAUCUGGAACGAUCUGAACAACUCUUUGUUCAAUACCGACAGUAAGAAACUGAAGCUAGUCGAAGAUACAGUACCCGACAAAGUGGUGGAUUUAAUCGAAACAAACAAAUUAACAACAAAGUGCCUAAAGUAA